GUCCAGUCAGAAAACAAAAAACGGAAAAUAUAUCAUUCUAUUUAUAUCCGCCCAUGAAGAUCGCAAAAUGAUAAAAACUUUUGACGGGCCACAUUGUGAUUUAGAUGAUGUUCUUAAAUGGGUAAAUAGGUAUACUCAUUACGAUGGUAAAUUUUUAUUCAGUGUCCAAACUGGAGCUUAUAUUUUGGACUCAACUGCGCUGGAGUGUUGCAUAGCGGAAGGUCAUGCUCUAACGGUUGCCAAUUCUUAUGAACAGGCAAAUGCCGUUGUCAAGAAGUAUCAAAUCACAGACAGAACGGGUGCCAACAACCAGUCAGAACUGAGGGAACUGUUGCAAAUUGUAACCGAUUUGGUGGAUCAGGUGACAAAUGCUUUGUCCAACAAUAAAAAAUAGCGUGUU